GUCAAACAGUUUACAAUUGAGGGCAAAAUGUCCGAAACAGAUAUCGCGGUCACCAAAACACCUGAUAUUCAACGCAAGACACCGAAAGCCAAAACAUUUCGCAGUGAAAAUACCGCAGAAAUGCUAAACUCAAUGUUGAAAAAGGAUCGCUCGCUUGGAGUGCCUAAAGUGGUCACCACUUUAGCCGACGGCGACGACAACACCCCUAUUGAUACUCAAAGUCGAUGUCCGGCGAGUUCUUCGUCUAAUAAAGAAGUUGUUGUUUCCAUACUUAAGACAGACGACGAAGACUUUCAAUCAUUCUUUGCCAUUGAAUCGAAAACUAACGGAACUAAUGAGACAAUCACUGAUGAAUCGUUGGAUAAGAUCGGUGUCGGAGUAUCUGAUCUAUUAGUGCAAAAGAGAGCUGCAGUUCGGCCCCAAUCGAGGCGAAGGACUUCAGCCAAUCCUAUCCGAAGCCUAUGCGCCAGAACUGACUUUACGGUCGAGUCUUAUAUUGAAACCGAAAACAAUAACAAUGAAAGUAAUGGCAAAACAGACAGCGCUUUGAAACCAAAGAAAACCAAAGAUUUAGUGAAAUCGUCAUCAUUUGCGGCGUCGGCUUUGGCCGGUUUGGCCAGUCGUGAGGACUUUAAGGCAGUCGCCGGCAAAUUGCGUAACUCUAGCGCUUCGGCCAGAGAUAGUUGGAAGAGCUAUGAUAUGCCGAACUCAAUGCAGAGCCUAAUGUUGGUUCAGAUCAAAGGCCGCCGUCGGGCGCAGACACGGCUCGUCGAGCCGGACAUCAAGUCUAUGAAUGGCGGCGACUGUUAUAUACUGGUCGCCAGAGACCACAUCUUUGUGUGGAUCGGACUCUUCGCGAACGUCAUCGAGAGAACCAAAGCUCUGGAAGUGGCGAAUCAGAUACAGGAGAAGAAGGAUCUGUGCUUUCGAUCGUCCAGUAGUUUAGGUGUAAUUGAUUACCAAAAACCGGAAUCCAUUUCUACAAAAAUUCGCGAUUUAUUCCUAAAGCAAUUGAACGCUAAAACAAUGGACUCAAUCAGUCCUCCCGGCGCUCCCGACGAGGACGAGCUCUACGAGGACACCAUCAUUGGUACAAAUAUGAUAUAUCAUGUAAAUAACGAACAAUUGGUUCCGUACGAAGAAUACUGGGGUCGAGUGCCGCGACACGAGAUGCUCGACUCCCAGCAGUGCUAUGUCUUCGAUAUGGGAUCAGAGAUGUAUGUGUGGGUCGGCAAUAGGGCGGCGGCUGUGGAGCGCCGGUGCGCUCUCGACUCGGCUAAAGAGCUCUGGAAUAAGGGAUACGAUUACACCGAAUGCGAUGUCAAUCCGUUCGGAAUGAAUGCCACGAAACGCGAAGACCGACGCCCGCAGUGGUCGUGGUUUACGAAAGUGAGCCAAAACAUGGAAUCUAUUCUUUUCAAAGACAAGUUCUUGAACUGGCCGUCGAUUCCGUCGCCAAAGACUGGCAUUAUAUUGUCGGCCGACUCGCUGUCCAAACGCCGCAAUAGCCCUAAAGAUAUUUAUUCUGAUCUGAACUUCUGUCCAAUCGAUGCCAAAGUGAUUAUCGGAUGGGAAGCGCCCGAACCGGACAUGAUGUUAGAGACGGCUCAUUUGGGACGCGGCGUCCGGUGGGACGACGAGCUCGAGGGCCGACACAUAACCAUCACUUCGUUGGACGUGAAGUGUUGGCAAAUCAGCGAAUACGAGAAGCACGAGUUGACCGCUCCGGACAUGUUUUACUUCUAUUCGGGCGACACUUAUGUCGUGCGAUGGCAUUACCGACUGUCACGUGUGGGCCGGCAGUUGAAAACGGGUGACCCGUCGCGACACUCGAUGAUCGGACGCGACCGCAACUGUUACUUCUUUUGGCACGGAUUGCACACUAAGAACACAGAAAAGGGCGCCUCAGCUCUCAUGACCAUUGAGUUGGACAAAGAGAAAGCACAACAAGUUCGGGUGUCAGAGCACAGGGAAGAGCCGUGUUUUCUCAAUAUAUUCAAAGGCUCUUUUGUCAUAUUGAGGGGUAAGAGAGGCCACACAUGUGCUAAAGACAAGUGGCGAAUGUUUUACGUGAGGGGUGUUGUGCCAAAUGAGGCCACUCUUGUUGAGGUCGAGACCCGAGCGCAGAGUUUGCGAAGCCGUACGGCAUUCGCGUUCAUCAAUGCAUCGGUACAUACGAUAUACGUGUGGAUCGGAUGCAAAUGUCUGGACCAGACCAGAGAAGUGAUGCAAAAAGCCAUUGAAAAUCUCAUUAAUCAUAAAUCGUGUGAAUUGAGUCUCAAAGCGGAUGUCAAUUACGUGACCAAAGAGUUCGCUGAGGGAAGUGAAGGCAAAGAGUUUUGGGAUGUAUUUGGAAGCCACGGGUUGCCAACAAAACGGCUGUACUAUUCUUUGGUCGACAGUCCGCUGACCUUCGACUACACGCCGCGACUCUUUCACAUGACCUCAUCGUCGGGCGAAUUCACGGCCAAAGAGAUACUCUGUUCGUAUCGAAGCGGACAUAACGUCACUCCAUAUCCAUUCACUCAGGAGGACGUGUAUAGCGCACAACAGCCGACCUUUUUCUAG